CGUUCGUUCUUGAGAUUGCUUUCUGUGGCGCGCUUUGCCGUUGCAAUGUACUCCGACAAGGGCAAGGGCAAGGGCAAGCGCUCAGACUCGGCGUAUUUGGACUACUGCGUGUCUCGUGUGGACCCAGAUGACCAAGGCGCCUUGGAUCCGCGGUUGCUGCCGCUGUCCCGGAUGCUGGCGCAACGGCUGCGCUACAAGGACCCCUUUCUGCGGCGCAUGGGCGUGGCUAUUGAUGAGGAGGGCUGGGCAGACUUGGCGCAGGUGCUGUCCCUGGACGACUUCCUGGGUUUCAACGCCCAGGACGUCCGGCAGGUGGUGAAGGAGAGCUACUCCAAAGACCGCCCACGCUUCGAGACCAAGACGGAAGGUGGCCGACUGUACAUCCGUGCGGCGCACAAGCGACCGGAGCGUGGCUACCGAGGCCGGCGCCCAAGCCCGGGGCCGCCAACCCUGGAGGAUGUGCCUUUCGUGGCGAACCCGAGCGGCAAGAAGAACAAGAUGGGCGGAGGCAGCCCGCAGUACUUCGACAUCGGCAAAGAGGAGGAAGCGGCGAAGAAUUUCUCCAGCCUCGGGGUGGAGUGGUCCAGGCUGGAGCUCAAGGAGGGCCUCUUCGGGUGGUGGGCCUUGCGCGAGGGCACGGAGGAAGGCUUCGCGGAGCUGGCGCCGGACCCGUGGAUGUUUAUCGGCGCAGGGGAGGUGGAGGAGCUGGAGCACCCGUGCUGGUACAACACAGAGUCCACGGAGUACUUCUUCGUGAGCCCGGAGGACCUGCCACAAGAGCUCACCUAGCCGGCGCCAGUGCGUCAA